UGUGACAGGACCAGGACGGCGGAUGAAGGUGUGGCCUCACCGGAGCAGCAACACGACAUGCAGGUGGAGAGAAUAAAACUUGAUCGGCGCUCAUCUACAGCUUACUACAAUGACGCGUCAACUUCUACUCGGGGUCCUCAUCCUAAAUGCUUCACUCAAGCCAUCAGACAGCCGAGCUCCUGUCUUCGAAGGCGGAAAGGACUAUGAGCUCGUUCGAACGGUCAGACUUCACUCUGUGAAAAGAAGGGACGCCGGGAACCUUAGGCCAGAAAGCAUCAAGUAUGCAAUGACAGUGGGAGGAAGAGACAUUGAAAUGCACUUACAAAAAAACAAUGACUUACUCACCAGAGACUACACGGAGACUUUUUACCAAGAAGACGGGACACAAGUCAUCACUUCCCCAAAAGACAUUGAUCACUGCUACUAUCACGGGAAGAUCGUGAACGAAAGCGACUCGACGGUCAGCGUUAGCACUUGUGAUGGACUUCGGGGUUAUUUCAGGACAGCAGCCCAGAGGUACUUGAUCGAGCCCCUCGCUGGUGAUGAUGAAGGGGAUCAUGCCGUGAUGAAGUUUCACGAGGAGGACCGCACACCUGCAGUGUGCGGUGUCACCAACACUACAUGGAGCACCGAUUUCGAGCCCCCAACAAGCCGCAGUCGCUCCAGAUCAGCGGGUAUAUCUCUUGUUCAGCAACAGAAAUACAUCGAGCUCUACCUUGUCGCUGAUAACCGUGAGUAUGUGAAGAUGAAGCGGGAUCAAACAGAGCUGAGGAAGAGGAUAUUUGAAAUCGUCAACUUUGUCAACACAGUAUACAAGCCUCUGAGGACCUUCAUUGCACUUGUUGGGCUGGAGAUCUGGUCCAAUGGUGACUUGAUCUCUAUCACUCCUCCAGCUGGAAAGAAUCUAAAUGCUUUCAUGACAUGGAGGAAUUCUGUGCUGGUCAAGAGAAAAAAACAUGACAAUGCGCAUCUUAUCAGCGGUAUUGACUUUGAGGGAGCAACAGUGGGACUGGCAUACAUCGGGACUCUCUGUUCAGAUCAUUCUGUCGGGGUAGUGCAGGACCAUAAUAGUCGGGCCAUUGCUGUGGGGGCCACGCUGGCCCACGAGAUGGGCCAUAAUCUCGGCAUGAAUCAUGAUGACUCCAGUGCUUGUGCCUGCUCUGGUGAUAGCUGCAUUAUGGCUGCGGCCCUCAGCUGGGACAUCCCUCGCGCCUUCAGUAGCUGCAGCAGCAGUAACUAUGAAAGAUAUUUGACCGACCGCAGCCCAGGCUGUCUGCUGGACAGGCCGGACUACACGAGUCUGGUGGUGCCCUCUGUCUGUGGAAACGGUUUUGUGGAGAAAGGAGAGCAGUGCGACUGUGGUACUGCAAAGGAGUGCACCAACCCGUGCUGUAAUGCAACCACUUGCAUCUUAAGUGAGGGCUCCCAGUGUGCUGCAGGGGAAUGCUGUAACAAGUGCAAGAUACUAUCGCGAUCCUGGGAGUGUCGGAGGAAGCAGGAUGAGUGUGACUUAGCAGAAUACUGCGAUGGAGAAAGUGCCGCCUGUCCUGAGGAUGUAUUCAAUGUAAAUGGCUUACCAUGCGAUAAAGGCUCUGGUUACUGUUACAAUGGCCAGUGUCCAAAAAGAUCAGACCAGUGCAUCAAAAUGUAUGGCUCAAGUGCCACAGAGUCCCCUCCUUACUGCUACAACCAGAACACCAGAGGAACUUUCUAUGCCUUCUGCAAACGUCCCUCGAAUGAGCAAUACAUCCCCUGCCAGCAAGAAGAUGUGUUUUGUGGGAAGCUCUUCUGUCACAAUGGAAACGAGAACCCAAACUACGGUCGCAUGGUGACGAUUGGUGACUGCAGAGCAGUUUUCUUUGCAGAAUACACUAAAGAUUAUGGCCAGGUGGACACCGGGACCAAAUGUGGCGACAAAAAGGUGUGCAGCGAGAAUCAAUGUGUGAAUCUUCCAACUGCUUACAGAAACACAAACUGUUCAGCAAAAUGUCCUGGCCAUGCGGUGUGUAAUCACAGAAGUGAGUGUCAGUGUGAGCCUGGCUGGUUUCCUCCUUCAUGCAGUUCCAAGGACAAGGAGUUCAAUUCUCUUUCCAAUGGGGCGGCCGCUGCCAUCGCAGUGACAAUUUCACUUGUGAUUCUGGGGAUUAUUGCUGCCGUCGUGGGCGUCGUCUGGAAAAAACGACAGAGCUCCAUGUUACCAACUACACAGAAAGUAAGGAAGGAGCCAGCAGUGGACAGCUCUGCUUUCCGUCUUAACAAAGCACCAGUUGGUCACGGUCCACCCACACAAGUGCCGCAGGCUGGGAGGCCAAAACCCAAAGGAGCUCCACCUCCACCUCCACCAGCAGCAAACAGACCAAAGCCCGCAAGCAACAACUACAUGGAAGUCCGCCAGGCACUAAGGCCAGUACCUCCACCAAAGGUUUAAUGGGAGACACUGCAAAACUCCCAGCAGGACUAAAACCAGAGGGAAAGACCCGCCUUUUCCUUGGAACACAGUUAUUCGUUAUGGAGGGUCUUACUGCAGUGCAGUCUGAGGCACAGAGGAGCUAAAUGGACUGUAGUGGGUCGAACACUGAGGACUCAGGACAAAGGAAGACUUUGUUUUUUAAGACAGGGAGCUCUUAAAUGAGCCAUUUUAUAUAUAUAAUUAUUAUUAUUAUUUUAUUUUGUCAAAUCAACCGAUCCCUUCAUUUGCCAGUGACUGUACUUAUCAAACAGUAUUGUAUGAUUGCAAUUACAUUCUAAUUGUUUAGAGUUUGUAUUUUUUUAACCGAAACAUUUUGUACUGAAUGUAAAUUCAACAAUGGUUCUGUACAACACAAUUUAUCAGUUUUCUUCACUGUUAAAUGUAGCAAAAACAACCACAACAAUUGACUUAUUACCGGCCUUUGCCUGUUUUCGUUGAUCAAGUCACUCUCAGGUUCAAGUGUAAAAACGUCUAAUUGUUGUAUUUGUUAUAUUGCACCAGCAUUUGGUAAAAACGGUGGAAGGUCUUGUAUUGUGUUAACGUGAGCAUGUAUGGUUCAAAAGGAAUUCAGUGGAUGUUUCACAAAGCUGCUGGAGUGCAAAAGAAACAAACAAAAAAACUACACUUUGUGGGACCAUAUUUUCCUCAGAUUUACAGCUUUUACAGAAUUGCAAUGCAAACAGGAUUGUAGUCAUUUGUAGAUUGCAAAGGAUUGGGAACAAGUGAAGGUGGCAUCGCUAUUUUGAACCAGGAGUUGCAGAUUUCUUCAGGCAAAGCGAGAUUUGGGUUGAAUGAAUUGUCCAGAAAGAUAGCCACCUAAAGUGUGUAUUUUACACACUGUGCUUUGACAAUAUGUGCUCCAUGACUGCAUGUUACUAUUUUUUUUGGUAAUAUCUAAAUGGCAUUACAAGGCAAUUAAAAAAAAAAUCCAAUUGG